AUGUUGAAGAGAGCCGAAAAGGAAAUUGACGGAUAUACCCCCGAGCAUGAAGAAAAGAAGUACAAAGCGCCAUGGUCCCGAUGUUUGUUAUUUGGUUCUCGUGGUAUCAAGGCGAAGGAGCGAUAUAUGAUGGCGGAUUUGUUUGGUUUACUCCCCCAUGCCAAAAAAGAAGCCAAGUAUGAUGACCUCCGUAAUUUAAAGAACAUUGCCAGUAUAUGUAGUGAUCGAAACUGUGACACUUGUGUCUUUAUAGAAGACCGCAACCCUGACUUGACCUAUAUUUGGAUGACUUUAGCACCAAAUGGACCAUCUCUGAAGUUUUUUGUUGAGAGCAGUACUUUGAUGACUGACUUGAAAUUGUCUGGUAACUGCUUGAAAGGGUCUCGCCCAAUUUUAAGUUUUGGGAAUGAAUUCACACAAACCAAAGAAGGACAAGUAAUGAAAGAAGUGAUGUCCAAAAUCUUUAAUGUCCAACAAGGGUAUCCCAAGUCAAAACCCUUCAUCGACCAUGUCAUGCAAUUCUCUAUUGUGGACGACAGAAUUUGGAUUAGAAACUAUCAAAUCGCAGAACAAGAAGGAAAGGACAAGCUCUCGUUGGUAGAGAUUGGGCCAAGAUUGUGUUUGAGACUCAUCAAAAUAUUAAUGGGAUGUUUCCAAGGAGCUACCGCAUAUGUCAACGAGUCCUUUGUUUCCCCAAAGACAAUCAGAAGACUCGAAAGGAACGAAGAAGCACUUGCUGCAAAGAGAAAAGUCAGAGACGCGAAGGCUCUUAUCGAGACCAAGAAAAACAUUUCAAAUCCAAAAGACAUCCUAGACAAUGUUUUCGACAAUGCAGUUCAAAUUGGCGAAGACAACGAUGUUGAAAGUGAAGAAGUUGAUGAUGUGAAUAAAAUGGAAGAGGAGGAUGCUGAAGUGAGUCAAGACGAUGACAAGAAGAUGGAAGAAGAAGAGAGUUCUAAAAUGGAAGAAGAUGAGUAA